CUUGAAGAUCUCUUUGCGCGCGUCGCCAUGUCACUUGGCGCGUGGAAUCCUAGAAUCGCCGUGGAUUGGCGAAGGGCCCACAACCUCGCCGCUCCCACGCCCCUUGCCAGGUUGUUUGUUUUCCACAACCACCAACGACCAAGAAACUUGUCCUCCAAUAAUGCUCGUAACCACGAGAGCUGGGAGCUGGGAGAGUCACCAGUGGCGUUGCCCUGCUCCAACAACAGCUGGGAACAGCUACUCAUCUCGAGGAGAUUGAUGGGCAAAGGGCGGGUAUAAAACAGCAGCCUCUGCCUCCCACGGCUGGUAGAUGCCUAACCAUGCAUGUCAAUUGACGUUGAGGCUCACCACGCAACAUAACUUUCACGACACCAACACUUGAACGGAGCCCCGCCCCGCCGCUCUUCUGCUUGAACUUCAGCUCCUAUCCGCCCUUCUCUCACUACGGAGGCAUGGAAGACAUGUCACCCAAACAACGGGUGCACCCAGAGAUGGCCCACGUCCCGUUACCGUCUUUGUGGGCGCAGCUGAAAGCCUUACUAAACCGCAAUCGCCUCAUCAAGAUGAGGAACCGACCUCAGCUAAUAGCGGAGUUAACGGUGCCAAUGAUCUUCAUUUUUUCGAUCAUGAGCCUUCGAAUCGAUUCAGGCGCCCAAACCUUCGCUGCUGUCAACGACUUCCCGCUUGUUCCUUCUAUACCCGGGCCUGUUGGCCCCGAUGCCGCACCUCUAGCACAGAGUAGCAUCUUGGCCUAUACCGCCCCAUCUGCCGACACCGAUGCCGUCAUCGCGGCGACGAUCCAAGAUCUGAAUGCAGCCCGUCAGAGCUUUCCUCAAAUCUCGCCCUCGAUUGGACCUUUUCAGCCUCUGACUUCGCGCGCGUUCUUGUCCGAAACGGAUUUGGAAAAGUUCUACUUCCAAAAUCCAGAAAGUUUCUUCGCCGGAAUCGUCUUUGAUUCUUCGAUUACCUCAUAUACACUUCGCCUCAACACAUCUGUCUUGCCAAAUGCGAAAAGCGUUACAGCAAGUCCGGGAGCGUGUCGUGACCCCACUUUGAUGCGGUUCGGAUGCGAGAUGGACAAGUAUCUCCGGACCGGGUUUCUUUCGCUGCAAGGAGCAUUGGACCAGGCGAUCUCCAACCGUUUGUUGUCAAGCAAUGUGUCAGUCAGCAACUAUUUUCAACAGAUGCCGAUUGCCGAAUCAACAGAGCAGUCUACUAUCGCCGGCGCCACCAAUGUGAUGAUCCCGCUUUACUUGACGAUCGCCUUCUUUCAGUUCUACAUCUCGGUCCUCUUCUACGUUGUGCAAGAGAAGGAAAAGCGAAUCAAAGAGUUGGUCUACAUAAUGGGCCUGCGGCCUUUGGCUUUUUGGCUCAGUUGGGGAAUAACCUACGCGUUCGGCAUCAUUCCUCCGGUCGUCAUCAUUGUAACGGCGAUCGUGAAAGGGAUCUCCUUCCUGCCAAAUACAAGUUUCCUUCUCAUCUUGAUUAUAUUCUAUCUGUACUGCAUCUCGACCGUCGCCCUUGCCUUCGCCACUUCGCCGUUCUUCUCCAAAACGAUGCUGGCGAACGUCGUCGGCCCAUUCGUGACGAUCAUCCCCGCCGUACUCCAAAUCGCUUUGCAAGACACGCAGCUGUCCUCCGGCGCCCAAGUUAUCAUCGCAAUGGUCCUCAGCCCCCUCGGCCAUACCCUGCUGCUGAACACCGUGGUAAAACUGGAGAUUAACGGAAGCGGCAUGCAGUGGUCGUCCAUUCCUUGGAAUGGAGCUGGCACGUACUUGCUCGGAUUGGCGCUUUCGACGCCUUUCUACGCACUCCUGGCGAUGUACUUGGACGCUGUCGUCAAGCAGGAGUUUGGAGUAACGCGUCCGUGGUACUUUCCCCUGACGAUGUUCAGUCGGAAGGCAAACUCGAAAGGUGCCCUCGAAUCUCAUACGAGACAUCAAGACAACCCGGACGAUAUGGAGCCCGAUGAGAGCGGAGCCGGGGUUGCCGUCGAAAUCACUGGUCUGAGAAGAAUAUUCGGUGAAAGUUCCAGAUUCACCGGCAAAUCCAAGCCAAAGGUUGCGGUUGACAACCUGAACUUGCACAUGAAUAGUGGGGAGAUCUUUGGUAUAUUGGGACACAACGGGGCCGGCAAAACGACAACCAUCCACAUGCUCUGCGGGCUCAUCCCCCCGACUGAAGGCACGGCUACGAUCUACGGUCUCGAUAUUCGCAAGGACAUGCCGCAGAUCAGGCAACUGCUCGGCGUGACCCCGCAGCAUGACUGCUUGUUCGACAAGCUUACCGUUGUUGAGCACUUGCGUUGUUUUGCUGGGAUCAAGGGUAUCACUGGGGAGGAGAGGGAUACUCGGGUGGAAGAAGUCUUACGCGAAGUUCAUCUUGAUGAAAAGCGAAACACGUUCGCGGAGGGGUUGAGUGGUGGGGAGAAGCGGAAAUUGUCUGUGGGCAUCGCCAUCCUAGCUCGUCCCAAGUUAUUGAUUCUAGACGAACCGACAUCCGGCAUGGACCCCUUAUCGCGCCGUCAACUAUGGGACCUCCUAUCCGCCGGCAAACCAGACCGCUGCACCUUGCUGUCCACUCACUUCAUGGACGAAGCCGACGUCCUGGCAGAUCGCAAAGCUAUUCUGUCGCAUGGCCAAGUUCAAUGCUUGGGAACAUCCAUGUUCCUCAAGAAGCGUUUUGGAAUCGGGUACCAGCUUGACAUCGUUCACGCGCCCAAUGUGCAAGAGUCAAUCGAUGAGGUAGUCAAGCACCAGAUUCCUACUGCUAAGUUCACCGAUGAAGACUUGAACCCAUACGGGGGUGACAACAGCUCUAGUCACGCUGGACCCGCAAGCAACACCAUUGUCAGUAAAUGGGAGCUACCCGCCGAACACGUCGCUCGUUUCCCGGCGCUAUUGAAGAUCCUGGACGGCGCUGCGAGCGGGCAGGCUACCAAUGGGCCACGCAUCGAGUCUUAUGGCUUGAGUAUGCCUACGCUGGAGCAGGUGUUCCUGAAGAGCGCGGAGCUGGACGAGGCGGAGAUCCCGAAUGCUAAAUCUGGGAGCGCUACCACGGUGAUCAAUGUUCGGGCAUCAUCUAAGGAAGCUCUCUUGCCGCGCCCAAAAGCGAAUGAUAUCCGCCCACUGUCCUUCUGGGGCCACGUGAUCACCGUCGCUAAGCUUCGAUACCUCCUGGAGUUCCGACAGAAACGCAAGCUGUUCUUCGCCGUCGGAUUGCCAAUCGUCAUGCUACUCGUCGGCCUCGUCCUACGAACGGGAGGAAACGAAACUUCGGCAUCUACAUCAACUCGCACUUUCAUCAUCUCUUCCGACAGCGGCACCUUGUUCUACGAUGCUGUCGGAAGCAACGCGACCGACGGCGUUGCAAUUGCCAACGUGAUCAAGCCUACCCCUGCCGUUGACAACGACGCCGGAAUGAAUCGACCCCAGUGGGUGCUGAACAAUCAGCCACACAUUGGUGGCUUCCAACUCGGAUCGGCGGGCGCAAGCAAUUACCUAGCAACGAUCUUCUUCAAUGGCACUGGAGACGUCGACACGAUUCCCAAGCUGGCCAACACGGUACACAACGCCAUCUUAGCACAACGAUUCGCUGCGGCUGGGAGAACGACGGACGUGCCUCAAAUCAAAGCUUCUCUCGAACCGCUCACAAAUGUAUACGAGAAAGUCUGGGAUACGAGGGCGUUUGUCAGUACCAUGCUGAUCGGGUUUGCGUUCGGUUACUCUGCUGCUGGGCAUGCGAUCGCUUUAGUGCUUGAGCGCCAGGAAAGGAUUGUUCAUCAGUUGUAUGUUAUGGGACUCCCGCGUGCUGCAUAUUGGGCGGGCACAUUCCUUGUUGAUUGGAGCGUCUUUAUGAUCUUGCCAGUCGUGAUUAUCAUCUUCAUCUUUGCGCUCCCGAUCGCCAAUUUCGGCGGCGCCGCCUUCCCCAUCGUCUUCCUCGGGCUGAUGGUCGGCCUUCCAUCUGCGCUAUUGUUCAGCUACGCACUCUCGCUGGUGUUCACCAACAUCGAGACCGCACGUAAUGUGAUGUCCGGCAUCAUCUCCCCAAUGGUUCUGAUUCCAUACUUGUUGGUGACGCUCAUCAGCAACGAAAACACAGCCAAGACCCUCCACUACGUCUUUGCAACCGUGGACCCGUACUACCCCGUCGUCGGGAUCCUCUACCACGUCAACAUGCUCAGCCUUAUCAACAGUGUGGUCCCCGGCAUGCCCGCGCUGACGGUUGCAGACUACUUUGCCUUUGACGCCGUCGCUUUUCCGACGCUGUUGAUUGCUCUGGUGCAGCUCGGCGUGGCGUCGAUGGUGAUCUAUUACUUGGACUUCCAGAAGACGCGCUUCACCGAGUCGAGCAUCAAGCCGUGGAAUUCCGCCGAUAUGGACCAGCUUCGUGCGAAAAGGGAGGGUCGUGGUCCGGAUGCUGAGGCCGACGACGAAGAUGUCAUCAAAGAACGCCGUAGAGUGCAAGACCAGCUUGAAGUGCUUUCUGCGUCUAAAACCGUUACGGACUUGGAGACGGGAGACAGCAGCACUGACGUAGACUCGGUGCUCGUCGCAAAUGUGCGGAAGACGUAUCCCGCUCAAAAGACCCGCAAAUGGUGGGAAAAAUCUGCCCUCGAGACCGUCAGGCCUGCUGUGGAUUGGAGCAGCUGGGGUGUCUCACAAGGGGAAGUAUUCGGACUUUUGGGCCCUAAUGGUGCGGGAAAGACAUCCACUCUCUCGAUCGCCGUCGGCGCCAUCGCUCCCACACAUGGCAACGUCUACGUUCAAGGACGCUCAAUCUUUGCGCGCAACUCGGACGCUUACAAGCAUAUCGGCUUCGACCCUCAAUUCGACGCCCUGUGGCCAGAUUUAACGCCAAUGGAGCAUCUCAAGCUUUACGGCACGUUGAAAGGCAUGCAAGAGGAUGCCUGUCUCGCCAGAAUCGAUACCCUCCUCAAGGUGCUCGACAUCGAAGAGUUCCGCACUGUGCACUCUGGCAAUUUGAGUGGCGGAAACCGCCGCAAACUGAGUUUCGCCAUCGCUAUCUCGGGAGAGCCCGAUGUUCUGUUCCUCGACGAACCUAGUACGGGCAUCGAUCCGUCCGCCAGGCGCCGGUUGUGGGAUAUCCUGCUUGGAACAAAAGAUAGAAGGGCCACGGUCCUCACCACGCACUCGAUGGAGGAAGCGGACAUUCUCUCGACCAAAAUCGGCAUCCAAGUUGCAGGCAGGCUACGAUGCUUUGGCACGGCGCAGCAUCUCAAAUCCAAGUUUGGGGAAGGUUAUCAGUUGGAGGUGCAGACUCAUGGCGCCUCGGCUGCGGCUGCGAGGUCAUCGGCCUCCCCGGCUCAAAACGCUACUGAUGACGCGAUCGUAUCGGUCUUCCCGAACGCGGCCCUAGUCGAUCAUUUCGCAACCAUGCGUCGCUACCGUGUGCCCGUGUCGGACUUCGCUUCGAACGCUACAGCUGAGCAAGCACCGAAAGUCUCGGGUCUUGGAGGCGCAUUCGAGGCGCUGGAAGAACUCAGGGCGACACGCACAUCGAACAUCAAGAACUAUGCGUUUAGCCAAACCACGUUGGAUCAGGUUUUCAUUGAUUUUGCGAAAGGGUCCCAAGUUGCGAGUUGAUUCUGAGACGCCUUCGGAAGCAAGCAGUUCCCGUUCCACCUCAUUGAAUUCUCUUAAGUUUUGCAAUGCUUUGGCAUCUUCUUAAUUCAUUUUGUAUGUACUGUCGUCGCUAGCGAGAGGAACUUUUUUGGCCGUUUUGGUUUUUCAAUACAAUGGUUCUUACGCAUCAA